ACCUCACCAUACAAUACUGCUAGCUAGCUCCCAGGUCAUCGUUUUAAUCAAUCAUGCCGUCCAAGCUCACCAGCCUCUGUGUGGUUGCCCUCCUCCUCUUCCUCUCAUUAUUCAGCACGACAGCGCGGCCGUUGCCUUCUUCUUCUUGUGAUGUCAGUGCAGUGAAAGUUCAACAUGAGUUGAAGGAUGUUGAGGUAGAAAAAGCCAUGGUGGAGGAAAGUUGUGAAGGAGUUGGGGAAGAUGAGUGCCUAAUGAGAAGAACUCUUGCGGCUCAUAUUGAUUACAUCUAUACGCAGAAGCGCAAGCCAUAAUUAAUUUUUCAUUUCAUAUGUAAUUAUGUAUCAUCUUUCUUGAUUAGUCUUGUUGAUUCUUCUAUACCUUACUAAUUUAUUUUAGGAAUUUUUCUUUGUACUAGCCGGUGUAAUAUUACAGAUAGUUGUGGUGGUUCUUCAA